CGGCUGGCGUACUCCAUGGAGGCGCUCUUUGACGAGCGCUCCAACGACUACUUCACCAUCGACGCCGAGACGGGCAGUGUGGUCACUGCCCGCAGCCUUGACCGGGAGACGAAGGACACCCACGUGCUGAAGGUUACCGCCUCCGACCACGGUUCCCCUCGCCGCCGUUCGGCCACCACCUAUCUGACAGUGACUGUGAGUGACACCAACGACCACGAGCCAGUGUUUGAGCAGCCCGAGUACCGGGAGAGCAUCCGGGAGAACCUGGAGGUGGGUUAUGAGGUGCUGACUAUCCGUGCCACUGAUGGUGAUGCCCCAGCCAAUGCCAACAUGCUGUACCGCCUGCUGGAGCCGGGAGCUGGUGACGGAGUCUUUGAGAUUGACCCGCGUUCCGGGGUUGUGAGGACCCGGGCUUCCGUGGACCGUGAGGAGGUCUCUGAGUACCACCUGGUGGUGGAAGCCAACGACCAGGGCAAGGAUCCGGGCCCACGCAGUGCCACAGCUAUGGUGCACAUCACCGUGGAGGAUGAGAAUGACAACUACCCUCAGUUCAGUGAGAAGCGCUACCUGGUCCAGGUGCCAGAGGAUGCUCCAGUGAACAGCCAGAUAUUGCAGGUACAGGCCACAGAUCGGGACCGGGGCAGCAAUGCCCAAGUGCACUACAGCAUCGUGAGUGGCAACUUGAAAGGCCAGUUCUACAUUCACUCUUUCUCUGGCGCCAUCGACCUCAUCAACCCUCUGGAUUAUGAGACUAUUCGGGAGUACACGCUCCGGAUCAAAGCCCAGGAUGGGGGCAGACCUCCUUUGAUCAACUCCAGUGGUAUGGUGUCAGUGCAGGUUGUGGACGUGAAUGACAAUGCCCCCAUCUUUGUGAGCACUCCCUUCCAGGCCACGGUGCUGGAGAAUGUUCCUCUGGGCUACUCAGUGCUGCACAUCCAGGCUGUGGAUGCUGACUCUGGAGAGAAUGCCCGCCUGGAGUACAAACUCAUAGAGAUGGCACCAUCCACUGGAGGUGCCCCUGUAGCAGGUGACUCUGGGUUCCCUUUUCAAAUCAACAACAGCACGGGGUGGAUCACUGUGGCUGCAGAGCUGGACCGAGAGACUGUGGAAAACUAUCACUUUGGGGUGGAGGCCAGGGACCACGGCGUGCCGGUCAUGAUCUCCUCAGCCAGCGUGUCCAUCACUGUCCUGGACGUGAACGACAACAACCCCACCUUCACAGAGAAGGUGUAUCACCUCAGACUGAACGAGGAUGCAGCUGUGGGCAGCAGUGUCCUGACCCUGACAGCAGUGGACAGGGACGUUAACAGUGUUGUGACUUACCAGAUUACCAGUGGCAACACCAGGAACCGUUUUGCCAUCACCAGUCAGAGUGGAGGAGGGCUGAUCACGCUGGCCUUGCCCCUGGAUUACAAGCAAGAAAGGCAGUAUGUGCUCACAGUCACUGCCUCUGAUGGCACUCGCUUUGACACCGUCCAGGUCUUCAUCAAUGUCACAGAUGCCAACACACACCGUCCAGUUUUCCAGAGCUCCCACUACACAGUGAGCGUCAGUGAGGACAAGCCCAUUGGCACCUCUAUUGUCACCAUCAGUGCCACUGAUGAGGACACAGGGGAGAACGCAAGAAUCACUUAUAUUUUGGAUGAUAACAUCCCCCAGUUCCGCAUUGACCCCGAUACAGGCACCAUCACCACCCUGAUGGAGCUGGACUACGAGGACCAGGCCUCGUACACAUUGGCCAUUACAGCCCACGACAAUGGUAUCCCCCAGAAGUCGGACACGACGUACGUUGAGAUUCUCAUCCUGGAUGCCAACGACAACGCGCCCCGCUUCCUGCGCGACCGCUACCAGGGCUCGGUUUUUGAGGAUGUGCCGCUCUCCACCAGUGUCCUGCAGCUGUCUGCCACUGACCGUGACUCAGGCCUCAAUGGCCGUCUCCUCUACACAUUCCAAGGGGGUGAUGAUGGAGAUGGGGACUUCUACAUUGAACCCACUUCUGGAGUGAUACGCACGCUGCGCAAGCUGGACCGCGAGAACGUGGCUGUCUACAGCCUGCGGGCUUUUGCUGUGGACAGGGGCAGCCCGCCCCUGAAAGCCUCUGUGGACAUCCAGGUGACCGUGCUGGACAUUAAUGACAACCCCCCUGUCUUUGAGAAGGAUGAAUUUGAUAUCUUUGUGGAGGAGAACAGCCCUGUGGGCUCUAUUGUGGCACGCAUCAGUGCAGCUGAUCCCGACGAGGGGACCAAUGCGCAGAUCAUGUACCAGAUUGUAGAGGGGAACAUCCCUGAGGUCUUCCAACUAGACUUGCUCAACGGAGACCUCACAGCCCUAAUGGACCUGGAUUAUGAGAGCCGGACAGAGUACGUUAUUGUGGUGCAGGCCACUUCAGCCCCUCUCGUGAGCCGAGCAACCGUGCACAUCCGCCUCCUGGACCAGAACGAUAAUCCCCCCGUGCUGCAGGACUUCCAGAUCCUCUUCAACAACUACGUGACCAACAAGUCCAACAGCUUUCCCUUGGGCGUGAUUGGCAAGAUCCCAGCUCAUGAUCCCGAUGUGUCUGAUAGCCUGGCCUACACUUUCGUCCAAGGCAAUGAGUUAAACUUGCUCCUUUUGGACUCUGUCACUGGGGAGCUCAAACUCAGUCGUGAUCUGGACAACAACAGACCCCUGGAAGCCCUUAUGAAAGUGUCAGUCUCAGAUGGUGUUCACAGUGUCACUGCAGUCUGCACCCUGCGUGUCACCAUCAUCACGGACGACAUGCUCACCAACAGCAUCACAGUGCGCCUGGAGAACAUGUCCCAGGAGAGGUUCCUUUCUCCCCUCCUGUCCCUCUUUGUGGAGGGGGUGGCAACCGUGCUCUCCACCGCCAAGGAUGGCAUCUUUGUUUUCAACAUCCAAAACGACACGGACGUCAGCUCCAAUAUCCUGAACGUGACCUUCUCGGCCUUGCUCCCUGGUGGCAUUCGAAACAAGUUCUUCCCCUCUGAGGACCUGCAGGAGCAGAUCUACCUCAACAGGACGCUGCUGACGCUGAUUUCCACACAGAGGGUGCUGCCUUUCGACGACAACAUCUGCUUGCGUGAGCCGUGCGAGAACUACAUGAAGUGCGUCUCCGUGCUGAAGUUCGACAGCUCGGCGCCGUUCAUCAGCUCCAACACGGUCCUGUUCCGCCCCAUCCACCCCAUCAACGGGCUGCGGUGCCGCUGCCCCCCGGGCUUCACCGGCGACUACUGCGAGACGGAAAUCGACCUGUGCUACUCCAACCCCUGCGGGAGCCACGGGCUCUGCCGCAGCCGCGAGGGCGGCUACACCUGCGAGUGCUACGAGGACUACACCGGAGAGUCCUGCGAGGUGAACGCGCGCUCCGGCCGCUGCGCCCCGGGCGUGUGCAAGAACGGGGGCACCUGCGUGAACCUGCUCAUCGGGGGCUUCAAGUGCGAGUGCCCCCCCGGCGAGUACGAGCGGCCCUACUGCGAGAUGACCACCAGGAGCUUCCCCCCUCAGUCCUUCAUCACCUUCAAGGGGCUGCGGCAGCGCUUCCACUUCACCGUCUCCCUCAUGUUUGCAACCAGGGAGAGGAAUGCUCUCCUCCUCUACAACGGGCGUUUCAACGAGAAGCACGACUUCAUUGCCUUGGAGAUCAUCGAGGAGCAGAUCCAGCUCACCUUCUCUGCAGGGGAGACAACCACGACGGUGGCGCCGUUCAUUGCGGGCGGGGUCAGCGACGGGCAGUGGCACUCGGUGCAGGUGCAGUACUACAACAAGCCAAACAUUGGCCGAUUAGGAAUUCCCCAUGGGCCCUCUGGAGAGAAGGUGGCUGUGGUGACUGUGGACGACUGUGACACGGCAGUGGCCGUGCGCUUCGGGAGCCUCAUUGGGAACUACACCUGUGCUGCCCAGGGCACUCAGACUGGCUCCAAAAAAUCUUUGGACCUGACUGGCCCUCUCCUCCUUGGUGGUGUCCCAAACUUGCCUGAGGAUUUCCCGGUGCACAACAGGCAGUUCAUUGGCUGCAUGAGGAACCUCUCCAUCGACAGCAAGCCCAUCGACAUGGCUGGUUUCAUUGCCAAUAACGGCACUCUGCCAGGCUGUGCAGCUCAGAGGAACUAUUGUGAAACCAACUGGUGCCAGAAUGGAGGCACGUGCAUCAACAAGUGGAACACGUACAUCUGUGAGUGCCCCGUGCGCUACGGAGGCAAGAACUGUGAGCAAGCAAUGCCUUCUCCUCAGCGUUUCAGUGGUGAGAGCAUUAUCAUUUGGAGUGACCUUGACAUCACCAUCUCCGUACCGUGGUACAUUGGGCUGAUGUUCAGAACCAGGAAAGUCAAUGGCAUGUUAAUGCAAGCCAAUGCUGGGGCUGCAUCCAAGAUCAACAUUCAGAUACUGAACAACUAUGUGCAGUUUGAAGUGUACAGUGGCCUGAGCCAGGUUGCUAGUUUGAAGAUGAGCCAGUCACGGGUCAGUGAUGGGGAAUGGCAUCAUUUAUUAGUAGAGCUGAAGAGUGCAAAAGAUGGUAAAGAUCUCAAGUACCUUGCUGUCAUGUCCUUGGACUAUGGGAUGUACCAGAGCACUGUGCAGAUUGGAAAUCAACUACCUGGAUUGAAAAUGAAAAGCAUCAUUGUGGGAGGUGUCUCUGGAGACCAAGUCUCUGUUCAGCAGGGAUUUUAUGGAUGUAUGCAGGGAGUAAGAAUGGGAGAGACAUCUACAAACAUAGCGACACUGAACAUGAAACAGGCUAUCAAGAUCAACGUGAGGGAGGGCUGUGAAGUGGAUAACCCUUGUGAUUCCAACCCAUGUCCCCAGCACAGCUACUGCAGUGACGACUGGGACAGCUACUCCUGUGUCUGUGACCCAGGGUACUUUGGGAGAGACUGUGUUGAUGUAUGCAACUUGAACCCAUGUGAGCAUGUCUCCACAUGCGUGCACAAACCUAGCUCAUCCCAUGGCUACACCUGUGAGUGUGGACAAAGCUACUACGGACAGUACUGUGAAAGCAAGAUCGACCUACCUUGUCCCAGAGGUUGGUGGGGAAAUCCCAUCUGUGGCCCAUGUAAUUGUGAGACUAGUAAAGGGUUUGAUUCUGAUUGCAAUAAGACCAAUGGAGAGUGCCACUGCAAGGCCAAUUACUACAGGCCCCAAAGCAGUGACACCUGCUACCCCUGCGACUGCUUCCCAUCUGGCUCCCACACGCGCGCCUGCGACAUGGAGACGGGACAGUGUCCCUGCAAGCCCGGCGUCAUCGGGCGCCAGUGCAACCGCUGCGACAACCCCUUUGCAGAGGUCACCGUGAGGGGCUGUGAAGUAAUUUAUAAUGGCUGUCCCAAAGCUUUUGAGGCUGGUAUUUGGUGGCCACAGACCAAGUUUGGCCAGCCAGCUGCUGUGCCUUGUCCUAAGGGCUCAGUGGGAAACGCCGUUCGCCAUUGUAACAUUGAGAAGGGCUGGCUGCCUCCUGAGCUUUUCAACUGCACCACCAACACUUUUGUGGAUCUAAAAAUCAUGAAUGAGAAGUUACACCACAAUGAGACCAGGUUGGAUGGAGAUAAAACCAUACGGAUCGUGAGAGCGCUGCAGAAUGCCACCAAAUAUACACACAGCUUGUAUGGCAACGAUGUGAGGACAGCUUACCAGAUCAUGAUCCGCGUCCUCCAGUACGAGAGCCAGCAGCAAGGGUUUGACUUGGCAGCCACAAGGGAUGUGGAAUUCAAUGAGAAUAUUAUCAAAGUGGGUAGUGCUUUGCUGGACCCUGGCAACAAGGAGCACUGGGAGCAAAUUCAGCGAACAGAGGGUGGCACCGCUCACCUGCUCAGGCACUAUGAGGAAUAUUUCAACAAUGUGGCCCAGAACAUGAAAAAAACCUACAUGAGACCCUUUGUCAUUGUUGCUACUAACAUGAUUAUUGCUGUUGACAUCUUUGACAAGUCUAAUUUCACGGGAGCUAGAAUACCACGAUUUCAUGAGAUUAAAGAAGAUUACCCAAAAGAUCUGGAGUCAUCUGUUGUCUUCCCUGAUACUUUAUUCAGACCUUCAGAAAGGAAAGCAGUGCCCACAAUGAAACCUUCAAAUCAGAAAAUACCCUCUAAGUUGAACAGUGAAAUGUUCAGCCCUGAGAGUGCUUUUGCAAAGAGAAAGAAGCGACACCCAGACACUGAGACACAUCACACUGUUGCCAUGGUCAUUAUAUACCGAUCCCUGGGACACCUCCUGCCUGAAAACUAUGAUCCUGACAGAAGGAGCUUAAGAUUGCCAAAUCGCCCUAUCAUCAACACACCUGUAGUGAGCACAGCCAUUCACAGUGAUGGGGAGUUUCCUCCCAACCUGGUGGAAAAGCCUGUCAUAGUGGAGUAUGCCAUGCUGGAAACAGAGGAGAGAACAAAGCCUGUCUGUGUCUUCUGGAAUCACUCCAUCACGAUUGGUGGGACAGGUGCCUGGUCCUCCCGAGGGUGUGAGCUGUUUUCCAGAAACCACAGCCAUAUUGCUUGCCAGUGCAACCAUAUAACCAGCUUUGCUGUCCUCAUGGACAUUUCCAAACGAGAGAAUGGGGAGGUGCUUCCUCUGAAGAUCGUCACUUACACAACCGUAUCCAUCUCGCUGGCGGCUUUGCUGAUCACCUUCAUUUUGCUGGUGCUGAUCCGCACACUGCGCUCCAACUUGCACAGUAUCCACAAAAACCUGGUGGCUGCCCUCUUCUUUUCUGAGCUUGUCUUUCUUAUUGGAAUCAACCAGACUGAAAACCCGUUUGUGUGUACUGUGAUUGCCAUCCUCCUGCAUUAUUUCUACAUGAGCACCUUUGCCUGGAUGUUUGUGGAGCAGCUCCACAUCUACCGGAUGCUGACUGAAGUGAGGAACAUCAACUUUGGGCACAUGCGGUUCUACUACGUUGUUGGCUGGGGCAUUCCUGCCAUCAUAACAGGGCUUGCUGUUGGUCUGGAUCCACAAGGCUAUGGGAAUCCUGAUUUCUGCUGGCUGUCUGUUCAUGACACCCUGAUCUGGAGUUUCGCUGGGCCCAUUGUAAUGGUUGUUGUUAUAAACACUGUCAUUUUUAUACUCGCAAUGAAAGCAUCAUGCAGACGAAGGCAACGUUCAUUUGAAAAAACAGGAGUCGUCCCUGUGCUGAGGACAGCAUUCCUGCUCCUGCUGCUCAUCAGUGCCACGUGGCUGCUGGGGCUCAUGGCAGUCAACAGUGAUGUCAUGACCUUUCACUAUCUCUUUGCUAUUUUCAGCUGCCUGCAGGGGCUGUUCAUUUUCUUCUUCCACUGCGUAUUUAACAAAGAAGUGAGAAAGCACUUGAAGAACACUUUAACUGGAAAGAAACCUCUUCCAGAUGAUUCCACUGCAACAAGAGCUACAUUGUUAACACGAUCUCUGAACUGUAACAAUACGUAUAUAGAAGAGCCAAACAUGUAUCGCACAACGAUGGGGGAAUCCACUGUCUCCCUAGAGAGCACCGUCAGGUCAGCCAAGAGCCACAAUAGCUACCUUGCUUAUAUUCUCAGGGAUGAGGCUGCUCAUAAACUCAGUGGAUCCUCAAGUCAAGCAAGGGCUGGUCAGACCGAAGCAGAUUCCUCCAUUUUUCAUAGGAAUCCAUCCAAAUCCAAUGAGCACGACUCAGACUCUGACAGCGAGCUGUCCCUCGAUGAACACAGCAGCUCUUACGCCUCUUCCCAUUCAUCCGACAGCGAGGAGGAUGGGCUCGAGACAGAGAAGAAGUGGAACACAUCUACUUCCAAAAACAAUGAACAUGGCCCACUCCACAGCACACCCAAAGUUGAUACCCUUCCCAAUCAUGUGAAACCCUAUUGGCCCACAGAGUGCGUAACAACCAGCGAUGGUGAGGACCCCGGUAGGAAACAAAAACUCAAAGUAGAGACCAAGGUCAACGUAGAGCUUCACAGGGAAAACCAGGUGAACCACAGCAAUGAAGCACCCCAGGACAAGGAGAACGAAGGGCAGCAGAAGGAGAACAGACCUCUGGCCCACCAGAAUAACCAGCAGCCGGAACAGAGGAAAGGCAUCUUAAAAAAUAAAGUUACUUACCCUCCCCCACUGGUGGAUAAGAAUAUGAAGAAUCGUUUGCGGGAGAAGCUGUCGGAUUACAAUCAGAGCACAGUCUCAUCCAGGACUACUUCCCUAGGGACCAAUGAGGGGCUCCGCUCUCCUUCGGACUCAGGGGUAACGGUGAAGAAUGUUCGGAGGGAGCAGUCUCGAGAUCAGCUCAACGGCAUGGCCAUGAGCCUCCACGUGGCAACAGGACAUGCUGACACCUCAGACUCAGACGGCAGUAAUGAAACUUCAAUUUGAACCAUCAGGAAAUUGUGAUCGCCUCUGCACGGUUCCAACCCCUCACCGCGCUGCCGCUUCGGACUCCAUCAGAGUGGCCACACGGUGAGGAGGGUGAGGUGGGCAUCCAUUCCCACAUGGCUUCACCUUCUGGCAGGAUCCUGACUGCUCCUGGCACAGACACAGUGCCUGGCUGCCCUGGCAAUAAGGGCUCUGUGUGGUACGCGCCUCCCACGGGAACCCACGCUGAAAACGUGGAAAUGGAAACGGGGUGCACUGUGAUGGACAGAUACCUGUGCACGGAGCAGGCAGUGCUGCAGGGCUUGCUUGUUACAGGGGAGAACCAAGGAAGAACACAUUGCUUCCUAGUGGACCUACAAUAAGCCUGAAGACAAGCACUAGGAGGUGUCUCUUGUGGAGUUUUGAUGGCUACAGAGUGAACCCUUGAGGUUGCUGAGCUCUAGGGAGGAAAAUUGCAACAAGUGUCCUUUGGUUUCUAUGCCAGCAUCUCUGUCCACCCCUCUAUGGACACGUCGUCUUAAGAAAAAAAAUCCUUUAUAUAUAUAUAUAAAAAGUGUAGAUACUUUUAUAUAUUUUGUAUGGUGUUGCUAAAGAAAAAGCUCCUUUGUAUAUUUUACAUUUAUACUGAUCUUCUUAAUUUGAUAAUAGGAAAUCAAUUAAAAAGAUGUUUUGAUAUUUUUUAUAUGAA